GCCUUGCUCCCUUGGCUCGUCAGCCCAUCCCGUCAGCCGUGCAUUGCGAUCGAGCUUCUGCUGUCCACCAGGUAAUCUACAUAUUAUGUUCUCUGCUCGCGCUUCUAUCGCCGCACUUAGUAAAGCCUUCGUCACCGUCCUAUUUUCACUACCCCUUCGACUAUGCACGCCCACAUCAUGCAUAUCCGCACCGCAUCUACCCUGCCCCAUCGAACGCUCGUAUCGAAGAAGACAUCCUAUCAACUGGAAAAGCGCGAACGCCAGGGUCGAAAGCAACUUUCGCCGACGCUCCGUACCCUCGCUUCCUGUACCUCAAUACGGACGCAUUCCCCAGGCACAUAGACCUGCCGUACACGUCUUCCUCCUUCCUCGCCAUUCCGAACAACACACCCUCUACCACCUCACUCCCUCCGCUCAGGUACGCUCAGCACGUCCAAUGGCGUAGGAUUGCACACGCAAACUCGGCCAGGACUUGUAGGUCUCUGUUUCGAAGGCCUAGAGGCAGAGACGGGGUAUUUGGAAGGC